UACAUGAUAUCCGUUUUUCCAAAUAUCCGUAUUUUUCUGAAACAAAGCAAAUCGGAAAAUUAGAUAUACAUAUAAAGCAAAUCACAAAUACCCUUAAAAACUCGGAUAUCCGAUCCGUGUCCAGACUUACUUUGGAUCCUCCUAUAGUGAAAACGUUAGGUAGUCAAAAUCUAGAAACGUAAGUGACCCUCCCACUAACGUGUUGACCGGUGUCAUAUACUAUAUAUACUAACUAAGCUAAUAAACAACGUCUCUCUUCUUAUUCUUUCUCUCUCUUUCACUCACCUAACAUUGCAAAGGGAAAAGCCCUUCUUCUUUUCUUUUCUUGGGAAAACUCUCUUUUGAUUAGGUCUAAAAUGACAUCAAGAAAAGCAAGAAAACCAAACCGAGCUGAGAAGAAACUCAAAAGAACCCAUUUCAAGAAAAAGCUUCCACGACACAAGAACACCGACACACCCACUAUUCUCGACCAUACUUCUUCAUCUACUAUUGUCUCCUCGUGUUCUUCCACAACGACGACGUUUUCACCUGAAGACACAAGCUACUCUGUUCACUCUCCUUCUCCGAAGGUGCUGACGUCGUCACCAGGUAAAGGUGGUGUCGGCGGCGGUUGUUGUACCCCAAAAUCUCAAAAGUCUCGGAUACCGGAGAUACUGACGUGUCCACCAGCGCCGAAGAAGAAAAGAGUCCCACAGAACUGCACGUUACGACGGAGACAGAUCGUUUUCUUUGCUCCUCCAGAGAUAGAGCUCUUCUUCGUCAAAGCAAACCAUCAAUAAGCAGAUUUGAAUUAAUAUUUGUAGUCUUUUUUUUUUUGUUAUUGGUGCUAGGAUCGAUCGAUAUAGAAAGUAGUAUGAGAAGAUGAUCAAGAUUUCAUCUCUUUGAUUUGUUAAUACAAUAACGAAGAGUAUAUUAUAAUGAUAUCUAGUGAUGUUUUGUUUUGUUUUCUUAUUAUUUUGGUUUGUUUUUAACAUAUUGUUCCUUUGGCGCUUGCUUUUUUUGGGAGAGAUUUGAAUGAAGUCGGUUUGAGUUAUGUGGUAGGGUAUUAUUUUAUGAGAAAAUCAACUACGGUUUAAACUA